AGGUGCGGUCGCCCGCCAAAAGGCAUCCGGGCCCCAACCCCACACAACAUGAAGACCCUUCUGCUUCUCGUCUUCCUCGGACUCGCCGUCGCGGCGCCCGCAGUCGAUGUCAAUAUCGUGGGCGGUUACGAGUGCCGUAAACACGCCGCUCCCUGGAUCGUGUCGCUCAAUGUCGGCUACCAUCUGUGCGGCGGUUCCCUGAUCAACUCGCGCUGGGUGGUGGCCGCAGCUCAUUGUGACAGCUCGGACAUACAUGUCCGUCUGGGCGAACAUGAUAUCACGGCUACGGAGGGGUCGGAACAGUUCAUCGACUCGGAGAUGGUGAUCAGACAUCCCAAAUACGAUUACUACAGCCAGGACAACGACAUCAUGUUGAUCAAACUGUCCCGGCCCGCCGCCAUGAACCGCAAUGUGGUCGCCAUUCCCCUGCCAGUCCAUUGCGCCCAGACCGGCGACAUGUGUCUCAUCUCCGGCUGGGGUGACACCAUGGACACGGUGGUUAGCGGCGACCAGCUUCAGUGUUUGGACGCCCCGGUUCUGAGUGACGCGGACUGUUCCGGUUCCUACCCGGGAAUGAUCACUGACAACAUGAUGUGUCUCGGCUACUUGGAGGGAGGCCGCGACGCCUGCCAGGGUGAUUCUGGCGGGCCGGUGGUUUGUAACGGAGUGCUCCAGGGAGUGGUGUCGUGGGGUUACGGCUGUGCGGACAGGGGCCAUCCCGGUGUGUACACUCGCGUCUGCCACUACGUCUCCUGGAUCAACAACACCAUCGCGGCAAACUGAGCCGGUGACCACCGGCCCCCGCGCCAGGUCUCCGCCUCUCACUCUCUGUACAACUGGGAAACUAUCAAUAAAAUGGUUGCAAUGAAGAAUAAUAGACAAUACACAAUAGGUGCAGGAGUAGGCCAUUCGGCCCUUCGAGCCAGCACCGCCUUUCAAUGCGAUAAUGGCUGAUCAUCCACAAUCAGUACGCCGUUCCUGCUAUCUUUAAGAGCCCUAUCUAGCUGUCUCUUGAAAGCCUCCAGAGAACCGGCCUCCGCCGCUCUCUGAGGCAGAGAAUUCCACAGACUCACAACCCUCUGGGUGGAAAAGUGUUUCCUCGUCUCCGUUCUAAAUUGCUUACUCCUAAUUCUUAAACAGUGGCCCCUGGUUCUGUACUGCCACAACAUCGGGAACAUGCUUCCUGUCUUUAGUGUGUCCAAACCCUUAACAAUCUUUUAUGUUUCAAUAAGAUCCCCUCUCAUCUUUCUAAACUCCAGAGUGUGCAAGCCCAGCCGCUCUUUCUUUCAGCAUAUGACAGUCCCGUCAUCACAGGAAUUAACCUUGUAAACCUACGCCGCACACCCUCAAUAGCACGAAUGUCCUUCCGCAAAUUACGGGACCAAAACUGCACACAAUAGUCCAGGUGUGGUCUCACUAGGGUUCUGUGCAACUGCAGAAAGACAUCUUUGCUCCUAUACUCGAUUCAUCUUGUUAUAAAGGCCAACAUGCCACUCGCUUUCUUCACCGCCUGCUGUACCUGCAUGCUUACUUUCAUAGACAGAUGAACAAGGACCCCCAGAUCCCGUUGUACUUCCCUUUUCCCCAACUUGACACCAUUUAGAUAAUAAUCUGCCUUCCUGUUUUGAUACCAAAGUGGAUAACCUCACAUUUAUCCGCAUUAAACUUCAUCCGCCAUGCAUCUGCCCACUCCCCCAACCUGUCCAAGUCACCCUACAUUCUCAUUGCAUCCUCCUCAUAGUUCACACUGCCACCCAGCUUUGUGUCAUCUGCAAAUUUGCUAAUGUUACUUUAAAUCCCUUCAUCCAAAUCAUUGAUGUACAUUGUAAAUAGCUGCGGUCCCAGCACAGAGCCUUGCGGUACUCCACCAGUCACUGUCUGCCAUUCUGAAAGGGACCCGUUAAUCCCUACUCUUUGUUUCCUGUCAGCCAACGAUUUUUCUAUCCAUGUCAGCACUCUACCCCCAAUACCAUGUGCCCUAAUUUUGCCCACUAAUCUCCUAUGUGGGACCUUAUCAAAUGCUUUCUGAAAGUCCAGGUACACUACAUCCACUGGCUCUCCCUUGUCCAUUUUCGUAGUUACAUGGUAAAAAAAAUUCCAGAAGGUUGGUCAAGCAUGAUUUCCCCUUCGUAAAUCCAUGCCGACUCCGAACGAUCCUGUUACUGCAAUCCAAAUGUGCGGCUAUUUCAUCUUUUAUAAUUGACUCCAGCAUUUCCCCACCGAUGUCAGGCGAACUGAUCUACAAUUCCGUAUUUUCUCUCUCCUGCUUUUCUUAUAAAGUGGGAUAACAUUAGCUACCCUCCAAUCCACAGGAACUGCACCUGAGUAUAGAACAUUGGAAAAUUAUCACCAAUGCAUCCACACUUUCCUGAGCCACUUCCAUAAGUACCCUGGGAUGCAGACCAUCGGGCCCUGGGGAUUUAUCAGCCUUCAGUCCCAUCAGUCUACCCAACACCAUUUCCUGCCUAAUGUGGAUUUCCUUCAGUUCCUCCGUCACCCCAGAUCCUCUGGCCACUACUAUAUCAGCCGCUCCGGUUCCUCUCCCCCCUGAGAGUCGUGGGGAAAUGAAAUGAGAGAUAUAGACGGUGAUGUGGAGAGACACAGAAAAUGAUAGUAAAAUGUAUGCAAAAAAGUGAGAAUGAUAUGGAAAACAGGCCAAUGUUGGCUGUGGGCGAGGUGACAAGUGUUUGACAACCGGUACAUCAGGUGGGUCCAGCUGGACUGAGCGAAGAUGUUCUGAGAGUUUUAGCUCAAGUGUUGAGUUUAGAGUUUGAGUUUAGUUUAAAUUAGUUUUUUCUCUGUAAACCCCUCCCCUCUCCACUCCCUCCUCCCUUUCCUCUCCACCUUCCCUCCCCUCUCCUCGUCCCCUCUCGCUCAUCCCUCCCUCUUUCCCUCCUCCCAUUCCCCGUCCCUCCCUCCCUCC